AUGUUUGAACAGGAAUCUGGAUUUAUUGACGUUGACUUUGACUUAAAUCCGGAAGAAGAUGCAUUAAUUUAUGAAAGGGAAAUGGAAAAAGAAAACACUAAUGGUGACAAUAUGAGUGAUCGUGAUGUGGACACAGGAAGACUCUCCUGCAUGAAGAAUUAUAAGAAAGCAGCUGAAAUUUUAGAAAAGCGACAGAAUAAAAGCGAACAUUGGCCGAAGUUUCUUAAUCUUCUCUUCGAUAGUCACCAACCAAAAUGA